UUCCAUCUCACGAAAUUACUCAGUAGCCGUUGACGGCUCUUUAGGUGACGGAUCGAGUCCAGUAUUACAAUUUUAUUUUCCCCUUUUCAUUUAUUUUUUGGAAUAAAAAAAGGAAAAGGAGUGCAAGAGGAUAACGCUGCUUAGCUAGCUGGGUCACUUGCUAGAAAGCUACGCGAUAGCAUAGCUAACCUCAUUCUGCGAUACAACCUCGAGACAAGUCGGGACAAGACCAGUCUCAGGGCUCACCAUACUCAAUGAGCGGACAGCGCAAUGUCAGAGCGCUCUGGGCAAACUGCAAAGGGGAAGGAAGGCAAAACCAAGUAUGCGUCUCUCAACCUGUUUGAUACAUACAAAGGAAAGAGCCUUGAAACACAAAAGCCUGUUGUUCCCCCCCGCCAUGGCCUGCAGUCUCUUGGUAAAGUUGCCUCCGCACGGCGUAUGCCACCCCCUGCCAACCUGCCCAGUCUGAAGGCAGAGAACAAAGGCAACGAUCCCAACGUCUCGCUCGUUCCCAAAGACGGCACAGGAUGGGCAAGCAAACAGGAACAAGCGGACCCAAAGAGUACCGAUGCAUCGUCAGCAGCGCAGCCGGAAUCGCAGCAGCCUGUGGCUACACCGACACCUGCACAGACCCGCCCGAGAACCCCGCCAGCUUCAGAGGCUCUGGCCCCAACUUCAACCCAGGCCGUAGGGGCAAGGUCCUGGGCACAGGCCAGUGUUACACAUGGAACACAAGGGGAUGGUGGAAAGGCAUCAAACCUACCAUCGCCAUUCUCUCGCGAGGAAUUUCCCACCCUGCAGGCGGCUGGCGACCAGGACAAAGCUGGCAGAGAACAGGGCACUGCAGAUCAGUGGUAUGGGCCCGGACCAAGCCUCCGCCCCCAGAACGUUACAAGUUGGCGGGACGGUGGGGGCCGAGCCCUGGCGCCCACCCUGUCUGGGGAGGGGGCAGCGGAGGGUGGCACUUGUGGGGCUCUGGUGAUGGAUGGGGCAGCUGGGGUCCCCCCUCCGAGCUCUCAGUCCCACGGGCCACCUAGGAACCCUCCCGCAGGCAGCCCCGCCUUGCCCCUGCCCCAGCCCCCUGUGGGGCCUGGGUUCCCACAAUACCGAGGGAUCAUGCCUCCCUUCAUGUAUUCUCCCUACCUGCCCUUCCCGGCCCCCUAUGGCCCUCAGGGGCCCUACAGGUACCCAGCACCUGGGGAAGGGCCUGCUCCAAGGUUCUCUCGUGGGCAGGCUGGUCCUGACAGCAGGCCUCAGGGCGGCCCACGUGACACAGGUGGAGAUAUGGUGAAGCGACCCUCUAUCCUGAAACAGGAUGACCUGAAGGAGCUGGACGAGCUGGACCACGACGGAGACGAGGGUUGGGCAGGGGCUCAUGAGGAGAUUGAUUACUCCGCCAAGUUGAAGUUCAGUGAUGAUGAAGGAGAUGAAGAGGGGGAAGAGGAGAGAACUGAGAGCAAGAAUGACUUGCGUGAGCAGCAGAGGUCCCAGGAUGCCCCUGCUGCAACCCCUCGCUCUCGAGCCUCGGACAGCGGUGGAGACACACGCCGCACUCCUCCCUCUAACGCUGACAAUGGCCCCCAACCCCCCUCCAGCAAGCCAGGAUGGGCCGAGGAGGGAGGCAGUGGCUGGGGGAGCCAGGGAGCACCAUCCAACUACCAGGGGCGCAGGCCUGGAUUGGGUGGUCCCCGGGAGCAGCCCUCCCCCCCACCUGGGCCGCUCCUUGGACAAGGGCCUUACUCCUUUUACCGACAGGACCGGCCCCACAACCAAGGUGCCUCUCAAGGCCCGGGGAAACCUGUCCCCGCCCAGCUUCAGCCAGCAGCAGGAGGCCCUUCUCCUCCUGCACAGCCAGGCCUGCUGGUUCCCGGACCCCAGGACAAUGAUGAGGAUGAGACUUGGCGUCAGCGCAGGAAGCAGUCCUCCACUGAGAUCUCUGCCGCUGUGGAGCGAGCACGUCGCCGCCGUGAGGAGGAGGAACGUAGGAUGGAGGAGGAGAGACGCGCAGCCUGUGCAGAGAAGCUGAAGAGGCUGGAUGAGAAGCAGCAACAGCAGCAGGGCAGCAACAUGGGAGGUGGUGGUAGCAGUAGUAUAAGCCCCAGCCUUGAUGGAAACUCUACAGCUGCCACAGCAGGCAGUCCUAGUCCAUCUAUUUCAGCCUCUGCCUCCUCGCCCAACAUCAGCCAGCCCCCAUCCCCCUGUGUGGACCCUGAAGAACCUCCAGCGCUGGUUGUGCAGCCGGGGUCCAGUCCUGGAGUCGGUGACCGACAGCGAGCCAGCAGCAACAGCAGCUAUGACUCCAGUGCAGAAGCCCAACAGUGUUCCCAGCCAGCUGUGUCACAGCCACCGCAGCCACCGCAGCCCACGCUCGACGUACCUUUACCAGGAGAAAAUAAGGAAGAGACCAUGGCCAGUCAGCACAUUCGUGCAGGAAGUGGAGGUGAAAGAGGAGUCGACCCAGUGAAGAUUGAGAGUAUCGGAGGGGGAGCAGGUCGUCAAACUGGUGGUCCCCCUGGCCAGGGUUACUCCAAGUAUCAGAAGUCUCUUCCACCUCGGUUCCAGAGGCAGCAGCAGGAGCAGCUCCUGAAGCAGCAGCAGCAGUGGCAGCAGCAACAACAGCAGCAGCACAGCCAGGCAUCUCAAAGUCAGCUGUCCCCUCAGCCCCAGGCUCCGCAGGGUCCUUCACCGGGUUCAACACCCCAGCCGGGGCCUGGACCCAAGCAGGGUGGACCCAUGUAUCAACCCAGCAAUAUGGUCCGACCCCCACCCCUGCCAAUGAAUUUUGAUCCUCGCUGGAUGAUGAUGCCCUACAUGGACCCCCGUAUGAUGCAGGGCCGCCCUCCACCUAUGGACUACUAUUCAGCGGGCAUGCAUCCCUCAGGGCUCAUUGGGCGUGAGCGGUCUGAUUCGGGGGGAUCUGGUUCAGAUCCCUUUGACAGGCAGCAACAGCAUCCGGGGCAUCCUCACCGUGGGACCCCCCCUAUGGAUCCUAAGCUGGCCUGGGGGCAGGAGGUAUUCCCUGGCGGAGGGGAGGGCCGUGGGCUAACAUCGCCUCUCAGGCAGAAGCAAGCAUUGGAGGAUGAUGAUGUGGCCAAAGGGCCCAGGAGCGACACCCCUCCACACCGCAUGCGAGAGGGUGGAUUGGGACCCAUUCAGCAGCCCAGCUCCACCUCUGGGACAUCCAACCAGACUCCACCUCCAGUUGGCACUCAGGUUGGGACCCAGGGUGGUGGCCACCACCCUCAUCACUACAUGAGUGGCCGGAGCAACUACAGCAACUUCCCUGAGCAGGGUGGGAGGAUGCAUCCCCACCAGCAGCAGCAGCAGCAGAGGGCGGAGAGAGGAAAUCAGCCGCAUAGCUACACCCACCAGGAUGAUGGGCCUCCACGAGGGUCUCAGCAGGGACAGAUAUGGGGAGCUCCACACCCUCACUAUGAUCGCAACGGUCGUGCUGAUCACCCUCCUGUUGAGAGCAACUCUCAUCUCCACCACCAUCAUAGCCACCACCCUCAGCAGCCUCACUUCCCUCUCCACCCCCAUAAGCCAGAGAGCACCCGAGACAGGGUUGUUGAGGCCGCUGGUAAGAAGACAGACUCUUCUCCCCCAAUUCACCAACCUUCACUGUCAUCCUCCUGCUCCUCCUCCUCCUCCUCCUCUGCCAGGGAAGAUGGGAAUGUCAAAGUUGCCCUGCAUCAUCACCCAUCACAGAGAGAGGGUGAGGCUGGUGUCGGGCACAGUCAUGGUGAAAGAGGCAACAGUGGCAGUGCUGGCAGUAGCAGUCAUGUGAAACAGGAGAAAACAGGCCCGGCAUACGCUCCUCAUUCCUCAUUGACCUCGAGCCCACCUCCCUCUCAACAUGGCAGUCAUACACAGCAACAGCAGCACCCCCAUCCUAAAUCAAACCAAAGAGGGGGGCGGGAGCACAAGACAGAGACCCAGUGGGGCCCCCGUCCUGGCAGCAGCAAUACAGGUGGGGGGUCCUCUCAUGGUAGGAGGGCCAACAAUGCAGGAGGUGGGAACAACCCCCGUGGAGGGGAGGAUUCCUCCAACACUUCAUCAGACCACAAACCUUCCAACCAGACCGGAGGCAGCAAUGCCAACAAGAGGGCUGGCCCCAUUAAGAAGCCAGUACCAAAGGAGAUGAAGAGGGACGGAGGGGAGGCUGAAGGAGGAGAAAAACCAAGCUUUGGGAAAGAUAAAGAGAAAGAUGGUGGCCAGCCAGCCUCCAUGAAACAGGAAGCCUCCUCCACCUCCCAGAAUACAUCAGCUCCAUCUAAAGAUGAGUCAGCCCAGACAGCCAAACCCAGGAAUGGAGGAAAAGAACGGUCCUCUGGUGGAGGUGGGGGCGGGUCUGGUAGAGGGCCCAAAGAUGUGGACACCAAUUUGGGAUUUUCAGGGUCCUCCUCCAGGAGGGACAGGGACCGCUCCUUUGAGAGAGGAGGCGGCACCUCCCACCACCAUGGAGUCCCCGCCAAAGGCAACAGAGCCAGUCGUGGACGUGGGGGGGAGUUCUACGGGCGUGGCCGGGGUUACCGGGGCACCUACACAGCUGCUGCUGGGCCCGCUGGUGCCAGUCGGGGAAGAAUGGGUGGAAGGAGCGGCAGAGAUUACCGCUCAUCUGUUGGCACUGGCCACCACCAUGAUUCCAAGGGCGAAGGGGGCGGUGGCAGGCACGGUCAGGAUCGGUCCCAGCAUAACCCAGCCAGGGCCAGGAACCGAAGUGAAACCCGCAGUGAGGGUUCAGAGUAUGAGGAAAUCCCCAAGAGAAGGAGGGAGAGAGGUUCAGAGACUGGCAGUGAGAGUGGUGCAAGUGACCUUGGUCAUUCAGACAAGGAGGACCACCAGAAACCCAAUACUAAGAAUGGCCCUGAUAAUGCCACCACCACUGGCAGCAGCAACAUGCCAUCUGCGCCACCCAGAGGUUCCCAGGCCCGGGUCUUCACCCCCAGGGGUGUGCCCUCUAGGAGGGGAAGAGGUGGAGGUAGUGGAGGUGGAAACAUCUACAGAAGUGGUGGCAAUGUUGGAGGACCACCAGGGGGACACAGAGUUGGACCCACCUCAGCCUCUCAUGGUGGGUCCUCCAAGUCAGCAGGCUCAGCCCGAAAGCAGCAAGGCCCGCCUCAAACCUCUGGGCCCAAAGACUUGGGCAGGGGGGGGAAUGGAGGAGAGAAGAAAGACAAGAUAGCUGAUGCAAGUCAAACUCAAAGUCAGGGGUCCAAUCCCCCUCAGUCGUCUUUGCCCGCUGCAACUCCUGCCACUUUAAGUUCCACUGAAAAUGGAGGCGUUGUAACCCAGCAAGCGUCAACAAACCCUAUGGCAAACUCUGGAGGGCCAAACGCACUCCCUCUUCCCACAAACCGUGGGUUCCCUCCCAGCGGGUUUGAGCGACCACCUAGACGUCGCCGUCACGGGCGGUCCCAGCACCAGCAGGACAAGCCCCCCCGCUUCCGGAGACUGAAGGAGCGAGAGAAUGCCGCACGCAUCAACGGAGGAGUGGGGGUCAUCGGGGGAGGAAGGCCCUCCUCUCCUUCCCUGAAUUCAGUUCAGGACAGUAACGGAGCCCCCAUCUCUGCUCCUGUGACGGCCAACGCCCAAAAUGCUAACCACAACCCCACACUAACAACCAACAAUAACAGUGGUGGCGGGCAUCUAAGCAAUGCAAAUAGUCACCACCAUCACCACUACAACCAGGGCAACGCUGGGCAGACCCACCCCCAGCACCACCACAGCCAUGGAGCAAAGUCCCCCGACUUCACCAACCAGAACUCGGACCAGGCCAACGAGGAGUGGGAGACUGCCUCUGAGAGCAGCGACUUCACAGAGUUCAGAGACAGGGAGGGAGGAGGAGGAGGGAAGUCCUACUCUUCUCAUCAUCCCCACCACCUGGGAAGGGGUGGAGGGGGCGGCGGAGGUGGAGGUGUCAUUGACCGCGACAUGACAGGAAAAGAGCCCUCGGCGAAUAAAAGAAGCUUCUCAAGCCAGCGUCCUGGCAUGGAGCGACAGAACCGGAGGGUCAACCCUGGAGGAGGUGGAGGCGGAGGGGGAGGAAGAGGCCCACGAGGCCCUCCUGGUGGUGGCUCUGGUGGCCCCGGUAAUGGAGGUGGCAACCGCGGGGAGAAGCGUGGCAACUGGCCCUCCCCGAAAAAUAGGAAGUGAUGAAAGAAUUCAGAACAUUUCAGAUGAACCCCACUCUCAUUAAAACCAUCCUCCUACAUCUUAAUACCUUUUUGAUAAUUACUUCAUGGCUUAUCUGUUGGCAUCCCUAAACAUAUUAGCGCAUUGUACAGUAAAUGGAGAUGGUAUUCACCUUCACUCUAGUGCCCCCACCCAACCUCCAUCCCGGUCACCUCUCUCCCUUUGCAUCAAUCUACUAUCUACCGUCCGUUAUUGUAAAUUUCUCCGUUUGUUCCGUCUUGCUCUCCGUUCAGUUGUGCCCCCCCCUCUCCCCCUUUCCCCCCCCCCCCCCCCCCCCCCCCCCCCCCCCCCCCCCCCCCCCCCCCCCAAAAGAUUCUCACCCCAGUUGGAUUUGAAAAGCAUGUGGUUCUGCAAAUGGGAGGUGCACGUCGUUUUGACAGAAGACAUUCACACAGAGCUCCACACACACACUCGCAUAUACAAGCACAAAUAUGACAUCUCUACAAACAACACGGAACACAUGUGGUCAUGUGGGUUGGAAAAUGGAAAAAAAAAAGUGGGAUUAAAAUUGGCAAAAAUGUUUGGAUUGGGCUAACUUUUAUAUUUAUGUACCUGUGUAUAUUUCUACCACACUUUGGCCUUGGGUGGUAUUCAGUAGUGCAGUUCUGCAUUACUUCCCUCACAAAGGGAAAGAGUGCAGCUUCAUCUUUUAACGAGAACAAUGUACCAUAAGAUGUUUUCUCUGUGUCUUUUUUUUUUGAGUUUGAGCCUCUGGGAAAUGUUAGGGGUGUGUGUUUUUCUUCUAAAAAGCAGGUCAUUAAAAAUACCUUUUACUAAAUUCCCCAGCUCCUCCUUUUGCUGACUUUUUGGUCUCCUGCAAACUACAUCUCUGAUUACUGUGAUAAGAUCCAUUCAACUACUACUGCUCAGUGCUCAUCUACACUUUGCAUUGAUCACAUUGAUUUGUCUUGAUAUCAAUGUCUCUGCUGCUUGUUCAGAUAGAUGGUGUGAUUUUUAUUUUCUCUCCCUCUCCCUAAGUUGUUGACCUGCUUUGACAUUUCAUUAGCUUUUGGUUUUUUGGGAAAUAAAGGCUUUUUCAGCCUCGUCGUAGCAUCCUUCUCCUUACCUGCAAAAAGCUCUGCAUAAAUUUUCCCAAAGUUUUACUCCCUCUCUCAUUUGUGAGUUUUGUUUACCCUAUGAAGACUGUAUUGAUAGCUUGAUGGCUUUAUUUUAACAACCAUUAUUUCCUCAGCGACUUGCAUUUUUAUGGAAAUAUUUAUCUCUCUGAAGAUGAUCGAUCUUCUCGGGGGGAAAUGUGUUAAAUAAAAAUGUAGGUCAUGAUAGACUAAAGAAAAAACUUUCAUAAAAAUUGUUUAUGCUUCAGUAGGUAAUUGAAUAUGUUAAGCACUCCUUGUCGUAUAAGAAAAACCCAUGGUUGCUGUUUUAUUUUUUCUUUGUGUUUGUUUUUGGGCAAGUUACAUGUGAUGCAACAGGACAGGUACUCUGUCUGGGCCCAGAGUACAGAGCUAGAGUAUUGUACUAUUACACCCCCCUUUCUCUCUGUGCUCUUGUGGAGACUCCUCACACCAAGAAAGGACUACUACCAAGAGCUCCUUGUCUGAGGAAGUAUUUUUCAAAGCGCGUGUUCUUCGGGAUGGCUGUUUCAGUACACGGUGGCGACCAGAAGCCCAAACUAAUUAAGUUCAGGACAAUGCUGACAAGGUGUCAACGCGAGUCACCUCCUUUCACUGUUUCCAAGAUUUCACUCGCAGCAAAUAGUGCCGACCCGGAGUGUUGAGGAAAUAUUGGAUUGAUGUAGGAUUACACUUGUAGUUUGUAUCAUACAUAAAAAGACAUAAAAUGGCACACGGAGACGACAUCCAAGAUGAACUAAAAAUCGAUUCAUGCAUCAAUUCUGUCACUGCUGUAAGUUGGGGUUUGUUUGUUUACUGACAACAGUUUGAAGAUCGUCUCUGGGAUGUUGUGAGUAGGGCAUUUGAUGACUCGUGUACAUGUGUGCGUGCUUGUGUGUGUGUGGCAUGUGUGCAUUUAUUGGUGUUUGUGUAAUAACUCGGGGAAGGGGUGGGGGACCAGAGGGGGUAACAUGAAUGGCAAGCACUUUCUGCCUUGUUUGCCCACACUUGAUUUAACCGAUAUUAUUAAGACAAUUCUACUGUUUUCUUAAAUACAUCCGCAUAUAUACAUCCAGCUGUGUGUAUAUGUUCAAAGAACAUGCAAUGGAGAAAUAACCCUUUAUUUUGUGUGUGCGUGAGUGUGUAAUUUAAUCAUACAUUCUUCAGCAGGCAAGCGAAGUUGGACAUAUUUUAUUUUUCUCACCUCUAAGCAUGAACACACGCCCAUGGGUGCAGCUUGCCUUGCCUGUUACUGGUUUAUACAUUGAUAGCUGUACACUUAACACUGGCUCAAAGAGUCCUUCAUCCCUCCUUAACUCUUAAUGUUGAUGUGCGAAUUAUUUUAUGUACCCAUGUUAAAAGAAAACAAAAGUAGUGUAUUCCAGACAAAAAAAAAAAAACAUACUCAAAGAUUGUACUAUGUUUCCAGCAUUACCAAGGUACCUGGAGUGGUUCAAACUGUUUUUUAGCAUUUAUGGUUUUAUUAAUGGAACCGUAAUAUACACACAUGUAUGUAUAUUGGUAUGUAUCUAAGUUUUGUCUACCCCAACUUACAUUCCCACAAACAAAAUGUUGCCAUUUUUAGUUCAAGGGAGCAAUGUACAAGCAGAGAAGUGUCUUAUUAUAAUAAAGUUAUACAGAGAAGGCAAAGUUAAAUAAACUACUUUUGAUUUAAUGGAAAA